ACAUGCACAACACGAGUGACAACUUGAACUGACAAGUGUUCGUCUUGCUUGACGUGGGUGUCGUAUGUCUGUGUAUGAAUCAGAUAGAUCCUUAGUACUGUUUAAAUGAAAAAGUUGAUAGCUUCAGUGUCAUUUGCCUUUUUAAUUUUUAUAUUCCAUAAAUUAUUCUAUGAGGACGAACAAUAUACCUUCGACAAGAGCCACAUACUCAAAGAAGCCCAAAGACAUACAGAGGAUGAUGAUGACCAUAAAUUUCAGUUGCCAUUAAAAGUAGUGGGGUUGAUACUGGCUCGUGGCGGUAGCAAGGGUAUACGGAAGAAGAACUUGGCAAGAGUUGGUAACCUGACGUUACUUGGGAGGUCACUGAAAUCCAUAAACGAAUUUGGGCGUUUCGACUCGGUGUGGGUUUCAACCGAUGAUAAAGAAAUAGCAGAAGAGGCCGAGAGAUGGGGAGCCCAAGUGCAUUGGCGGUCACCUGAAAGUGCAACAGAUACAGCUUCGUCAAUGAUUGGUGUCGAAGACUUCCUCGCUCACCAUGGAGAUGUUGAUGUAAUAGCACUGGUCCAGUGUACGUCUCCUUUUCUGAGCCCAUUGUUUUUAAUGCAAGCUCAUGUAAUGGUGUUGAAUGAUAAAUAUGAUACUGUGUUUGCUGCCACAAGGAGCCAUCAUCUGCGUUGGCAUCAAGACAUUGGUUGUGUGCCGCCUUACUACCGAGAAGUGUAUGAUACCUGCGCCCCGUCAACAAGUCAUGUAACGAAGGACGUUUUCACCAAACUUCUUGUAAAAUCGGAGCUUCCUUCACAAACGCUGAGCCAGAUAUGGGAUUUAGUAGUGGACCCAAAAGUGAAUGCUCUGUCUAGAACCAGCCUGUACAAAGCACUAGCACUUGUGGCUUGGGCACAGCAGGGGAAACAGCCUAGUGCAAAACUUUUGGAAAAUUUUUCUGGAGAAGAGCUUCCAAGGCCAGAGCUUGGUGAUUUGUCUGAGCUGCGUCAAAUGACUAGAGAUCAACAGGGAGUUACUCCAACUCGCCUUGGUCUCACAUAUACUGAACUUUGUUCCCAAGAUACAGUUGAUGUUGAUCUUGUACCUGAAAAGAAAGGUCUCUUUCUGAAGCAUGUGGAAUACCAGGUCACCAGCAAGAGAUUCGGUUCAUUGGUGCGACGGAGAUACAACGAUUUUGUUGCAUUGCAUGAAUUACUUCUCAACCGUUUCCCAUAUCGUCUGAUACCUAAAUUACCUCCAAAGAAAAUGGUUGGUGCUGAUUCGCAUUUUAUUGAAGAAAGACGGAAAUCAUUACGGCGAUGGUUGACUCUUGUGGCAAGACAUCCUAUUGUCAAUAAGGAUCCUCUUGUAAAUUUCUUUCUUACUUACGGUGGACCUGAUGUGCAAUACAAAAUACGCGAAGUUUUUCGCAGAAUGCCAGAUGAAUUUACGACAUCAGAGCUAGCAGCAACGGCCAAAGAUCUUGUUCCUCCAGAGACACAUAGUGAAUUUGCAACAAGUCGGGACCAGAUCCGAAUAAUCUUGAAUGGCGUUGUACGCCUGAAGCAAAUUGCUGAUGCCAUGGCUCUACGAUCCCAUGGGUAUGCAGCAGACAUGGCCGAACUUGGCUCACAACUUACAGCAUUGGCAGGAGAGCCUCAUGGAUCGUCGUCUUGGGCCACUGGGGGUAAUCCUGUGUGGGCAGAUAUGAAAAAGGGCUUCCAUGUAAUUUCUAAAGAGUUUGGACUACUGUCAAGCAAAGCUCUGCGGCAGGCUGUCAGGGAAGAGGAAGAAGUCUGUGAGAAGUUGAACCUACUGCUUGAUGUACUGAUAUCUCAUCGUGAGCUAUGUGACCGCCAUGAACGUGGUGUUGCGCAAGAUCAUGCAAAGGCACUGGCAAAAAUGCUUGCACUCAAGAAAAGGCAAAUGCAAGGUGUCAUUAAAGGCACUGAUGCAGAGAGUGUGGAGCAACUGGAAGCUCGUAUGAUGGAACAGGAAUCAGUAAUAGCUAAUGUGGAGUUACGCAAUGCUUUCUCUCUUCAUUGUCUACAUAUGGAGACCCAACUAGUCCAUGCACAUAUUGAAAUACUUGCCUGUGUUCUGAGCACACUUGUAUCUGUCCAGAUUCGCGGCCAUUCAGAGCUGGCUGAGGUGUGGGAACUGAUACAGCCAACUAUAGUGAAGUGUCUUCCAGAAAACAGUCAGCAUUUAAAUGGUGACAGCCCUCUUGCAAAUAAUACCAACAGUUAGUGUUCCGCAGUAAGCACUUUGAUGGAUGUUUCCUACACUGAUACUCAGUAUGCAAUUAGUGCUCUGUAGCUAUAUGUAUGUAUAUUCAGAAAUAUUGUUAUGUUAUACUUUGUUACUCUGAUGUGUUGUUAAGUGCAAUUCAGAGCCCAAAACUAUGUACACUUAGUUGUUUUUGAGGGACCAGUUAAUUUUUUUAAAGGGUAUGAAGCUUUUAGUACUUAUGUGUGCGUGUGGAAGGGCAGGGGAGGGCGUUUAGAGAGGAGGAGAACCCAAUGUUUUCGCUUUGGCACCACAGUCACACUGUAUUUAUGGAAAGACUAUUUUUUCACCAGAUGACUGUUGAGGUACUGGAUAUAUACCUAUGGUUAUGAGAUAGCUGCACUGUCCUAAAUUAUUGUUGAGUCAUGGAUAGUCUCAGCCUUAGAUCAUUCUCAAGUAGUAUAUACAAAAUUGUUACAGGUCCAUAAAUAUUAGCAGCAACAUUUUUGUGAGAUGAAACUUAAAUCUUGUUGCUUUUAGAUUGUAUGAAACUUCCAGUCUGUCAAAUACAAUUUCUAAAAUGGGUUUCAUUUCCUUUUUAGCAUAUUUCUCUUCCCCCACCCCCAGUAUCAGGCAUACUUACACCCUGAUAGUAGACAAUUUUGUUGAACUUCGAGCAGAUUGUUUUCAAAUAUUCUGUUCUUCAAUCAUUUCAAAAUUAUGGAUAGAGAUUCUUUAGCCUUCCACACCAAAAAAGUAGGCAUCAGACACACAUCUGUCAGCAAUACUUUCUUUUUAACAAAAGUGUUGAUUUAAUGCAGUAUUCAAAUUUGAAUAUUUUCAAUUCUCUGUUUUCUUCAGAAAAAUUUUCAGUUGUUCAAAGAACAGUCUGUAUUCUAUUUAUUGUGUAACAUUAAAGUCUCUCACAUCCAUCAUCAUUUUUAAUAUUCUUCUUACAAAUAGUGUACAGUAGCCAGACAUCACCUACUGAACACUGUAAGCAGAACCCUACCACAGCCCUCAAAAAGCUGCACAGCACCUCAAACACUAAAUUAACAACACAGUUACAAACAUUGUAGCUAUAAAUCUACCAUCGUAUCUUUGUAGUCUGCAGUUUGGAGCCAGGGAUUAUAACCUCUGACCGCAAGAAGCAAGUUCUCGCGAGUACCAUAUUUUCUUUCAUCUUGCACGACUCCUAAUAUUUAUGUGCCUUCUGCCGAGGGUGCCUAUUUGGUAGUUUCUGGAGAGGGAAGGGGGGAGUAUUUUUAAUGCCUUGGGAGAUGAAUAGUGACUUGCAAGUAACCAUAAGAGUCUUUGUUCCAACCCUCUUAAAAACUGAAUAAUACUGACUUUUUAAUCAUUUUCUUGAAAGAAAAACACCUGACUACACUAAUUUUUCCUUUCCCUGAGAGUUGGCUUGUCUUGUUCUGGUUUUCCAUGUAUUACUUAAGAAUGGCUGAAGGUCAAAAGAACUCAUAAAAAAUAAUAAAUUAUUGCAAAGAGCAGCUACAGCAUAAGCAUGAUUUUGUGAUUUGUAUUUUUGUGUAUAUUUUAGUUGGCAGUAAGUAUUCUGCUCCUGUUGUAGUUCUUUGGUAGCCAGUACCAGACAAAACUACUAUUGAAUCGUGUUGUCUAAAAGAAAAAUAAACAAAAAUUUUAAUACAUUGCACUGACUGAAAUUGACAGUGUAUUUUGACUGUUACUUUUGCAUUGCAAAUGUAAAAGAGGGAACACUGCUGUAUUGGACUGAAAUAUAAAAACCAGUAUAAGACUAAUUUAAGUUACUGGAAUGUUUGGAUGACACAUCCAUUGUUUUCUAACUAGGCUGGCAUUACUGCAGAACCAGUAAAUUUAGCACCACAAAGGAAAAGAGAAAGUUGAUUUGAGAAGGUAUCUGAUGCAGCUUAGCAUGGAGUGGAGUGACAGGAAGGAAGAGAUCUUGAAAUCAGAGUACAUAUACCUAAGAACUGUGUGAAAGGGGACUGACUAAUGAAGACAAAUGAUGGAAGAAACUGUGGGAGGUGGGGGGCAUAUGUGAAAGAUGAAAACAUUGCAUUUCACAGCUGACGCACUACCUGUUGACACCCAUUUUAUGGACUGUCUCAAAGCUUGCUUGGCAGCACAUAUAUUGUUCUCAUAUCCACAAAAAUUCUGAAGACCUAAUAGGAGUGUACAAUGACUGAGUUAAAACUUGAAGUGUGAAAAUACAUUUAAUUUGACUAAAACUGCAUGUUUCUCUUCUUCGUAGUAUUAAACAUAAAAAAAAUACUGUCAGAAAUGAAUAGAACCCACUGAAAGGUUUUAUUAGAAAAUUACUGCAGUGUUUCAAAAUGUGCAGUUUGUGUGAGGCGGAGUAUAUCACCGUCAGAGCAAAAAGGGGUGCUCUGGUGUCUGAAUUGCCACAGAUUCUGUUCUAUCAUCAUUAACCAUUACUUUGUGUCUUUUUUUUACUUUGUGGCUGUUUUCAGUUUGUAAGAGAGAAUGGAGCAUAUUGACCAUUUAGCAUCUUUUUUUUUUUUUUUAAUCAUUCUUUGGGUUUAUAUGAAAAGGAGCUGUUAGCUGCCAAUUCAUAUUUCUUGAUAAUCUGGCAUACUCUGGGAUCUGUCAAUACCAGAUUAUCACAUAUGUCAGAUUAUCAACGAAGUUUAGAAAAAUGGAUACAAGCAAAAUCUAUAGUUUUGAUGUACAAAAACAGGAAACUUUUAUUUAUUAAACACUGCAGGAGAGAUGUAUAUAAAAAUUAAAAAUACCUAAUACUUUUCUCUAAAAGAGAGUAGAAUUAAAAGUUGACUAUUGCUCUGCUCUAUUAAAUCAGUUUAACUGUCUAAGUUUUAGAAAAUUCAAGACGUAUAGGUAAUACUUUAUAUGUCAUUUACAAAAUAAAAUGAGUAUACUUGAUUUGAAAAGAUCAAGAACAAAUGAAUUAAUAAAAAUUCUUACCAGAAAUAUGGUGCAGUUUAGUUAGAAUCACUAUCUUUAUGAAUAGCACAGACAUCUGACCUUCUCAAGGGUGCGGAAUAUGUUGGACUAGUAUCUGCCAUUGAUGGCUUAGUUGAAAUUUUCUUCACACCGUCUGGAACAUGGCAGAAAUGCUAAUUUGUUUCUUGAAUUGAUAUCCUUUUUAACAACGAUUAUUUUGUGUGAUAUGCAGAUUCAUAGCUUCAGAUGUGUUGUAUUGUUUGCUAUUUUCAGCAAAUUUUGCAGAAGUGUUUAAAGUUUCUGAAGACUCAACCCAAGAAAGGUGAGUCAUAGGUUUUUCUUCUUUGCCACUCUGUUUGUAGUGCCUCCUGUGUUUUGGAAGCAUUUUCUAAUGUCACACUGUCAGUAAGCUCUUCCUUGAAAGGUUAAAUUCUGACGAUGAGAAUCCAUUGUCAACUACUUCUGCUGAAAAUGCACUCAGUUCAUUAAUGGAUUCAGGAUUUAUAACUCGUACAAUUUCAGAGUGAUUGGUUGUUGGCACAUCAUCAUUUAAAUCACUUUCCAUCUUGGUUUCUUAGAUCAGUUUAGGCCAUAUUUUUCUCCAGACCCCAUGCAGUGUUGUAUUUUUCUCAGAGGUCCAAGCAAUUGCAUCUGUGAAAUUAGCGUCUUUAAUGGAAUUAAAGACAAUUGUUCCAUUUUGUCAAAAAUCGGUAAUGUGGAUUUCAAAUCCCAACCUCUUUCAUUAGAGAUAAUAAUAGCAACAUGAUAAAUUGCAAGGAAAGAAUUGUAGAAAGAUGGAGAGAAUACUCCACAGAACUCUUGAAUCAUCCAGACCCUUACGAGGUGCUACCUGCAGACGCUAUGGAGGAAAGGAACAAUGAGUAAGAAAGGAAAGUGUCUGAAGUAGAUGUGAAGACUGCAAUCGAAAAAAUUCAGAAACAGCAAGGCCCCAGUGCAGGAUAGAAUAGUGUGAGAAUGAAUCGAAGACGGAGGUGGCGCUUGCACAUAGAAAUAAAUGAACUGAUCCAAUUGAUAUGGAAGAAUGAGUCAUUGUCAGAAGAAUGAAAAUUGGCCACAAUAUGCUUGAUAUAGAAGAAAGGAAGCAAAAUGGAAUGUGGUAGUAACAGAGGCAUCAACUUGCUGGAUGUAACCUACAAGAUAAUGUCUAUCAUUAUCUUCAGAAAAUUACAACCAUUCAUAGAGAAGAACAUGCAGGAAUACCAUGCUGGCUUUUGACCAAACCGAUCAACAAUAGAUCACAUUUUCACCCUAAGGCAAUUGUUUGAAUCACAGGUAAUAUGAUAAAAGUGUCUAUAGUUUGUUUGUCAGUUUUCAAUGUGCACAUAACAGCACCCAUAGGAACAGCCUACACAAGGCUCUGUGUGCCUUUGGAAUACCAGAGAAGCUGGUAAGAAUGGUUAAAACUUGUAUGUGGAUGGGUAAGAGGCAGCAUUACAUUCCUGAGGGAUCACGUCAAUAGCAUUAGAGACUGACACAGGUCUCAGACAAUGGGAUGCUCUCUCAUGUGUUCCAUUCAGUGUUGUCUUAGAUAAAGUAAUAACAGUAUGUAGGUGACAGGAAUGGGCUGGAGUACAGAUGGAUGGUAAUUUAAGUUGUCUCACAUAUGCAGAUGUUAUAGUAUUGCUAAGUGAAUGAAACAUGAGUUGAAAGAAAUGUGCCAAAAAAUGGAUAGCCAUGUACAAAAGGUUGGGUUAAAAGUGCAUCAAGACUAAAUGGUGUUCCUGUAGUUAGGAAGAAAACCUCUAAUUUAUAGUUUUUUAAAUAAAAAUACAGAAAAUAUUUUAAUAUUUUGAUAAUAUAGCAUAUUGCCUUUAUAGUUCCCUCCAAAAUUAUUCAGAUACCUUCAUUGCAGGAAAUAAACAAUACAGUUCCUUCAGGUCUUGUAUGUUUUCUGAAAGCUUAUUUAUAAAUUAUAUGUAGAACUCAAAGGAUUUUCUAAAUUUUCUUAGACUUAGUCUUUUUUGUAUUCUUUAAACAUGUAUUUACUCAAUCUUUCUUGUACAUUUAUGUAAUUACAUUUGUUAACAACUUGACAAAUUGGAGUUACAUGUACACAGUAAAUCCAGUGUGCACUGUAGUCUAGUUUUAAGUGUUAGUGGAGUGUUCCUGAACUGAGAAAAUUGAUGGUGUUGCAGUGAUAUUUAAUGAAAAAAGCAAAAUCAUUUCACUUUGUUGAUGCUGUUUGUCUUUGGGGUGUUUAGACGACUGCCAGGGUAAUAUUAAACUUAGACGAAAAUAAAGAAGUUAAGAAAUUGGUAUCAUAUCCAUAAAAUUGUGAACAAUCCAUCACAGUUCUACUCUCAUGGAAUACAUUUCAGAUUAUAACAAACCAUUUGCUGAAUAUGUUUAUUUUUUAAAAUCAACCCUUAGUGUCACUGCAAACCGUUAAGUAAUUGACUGAGGACAUGGUGGAUAGAAAUUCAGUGCAUUAAACUCGUGUUGAAGUUAUGUCUUAAUUUUGGCAGCUACUGUUUACUGGCAUAUAUUAUUUAACCUACAUAAGUUUUAUAUUAUUCUUGAAAUGUUUACUGAAUUUUUUACCCUUUGUCAUUAACAAAAAAGAGCUAUAUACCAUUACACCUCACUUCAUUUCUACAUCAUUAUUUUUUAAAUGAUGUAUAUUAUAAUGGCUUUCGUAAGUACAUUUUGGUUUCUUUGUGUUUUACGUCGCCUGUCAUUCACUGUCAUUAUCAGUUUGUCCCAGAAUGUUGGAUUUGAUUGUCCCAGAACUUAAGGCAAAAAAAUAUUGGUUUGAGAGCAGUAACUGAAGUAAAAGAAACUGUUAAUGGAAUUACAAUGGAGCUUAAUUCUAAUCUCAGUUUAGAUUUAGUUUAUCUGGUCUGAUAACUACUAUUUUGUCCCAUUUUGCUAAAAGCAUUUGUUGUAAAGCAAGCAGUUGUUGCUUUCAGUCAGUAAUUUGAAGACUGAGAUGGUUUGUACAAUUUGUUGGCAAUCAGUUAUACUGUAGAACAUAAGUAAGUAAGUAAGUAAAAUGUCAAACAUUCCACUUACAAACCUACAUGUUGUAAAUUAACACAUUGCACUUAAUUCAUACAUUUUGUAAUUAAAGUUCCUGUGGAAUUCAUGUUUGAUCUUGUACAGCGGACUAAUUUCAGUUGAAAUUAGGCAGCAUAAUAUUUAUAUCUACUAAUGAAAGACUGAUGUUUGUAAGCAACAUGAUGUGAACAUUUUGUAAUAUCUGGUAAAUCAUGUUUUGCUCCAAAUGUAAUGUGUGAAUUGUGUGUGUCAUUGUAUCGGAAUUGGGCAACCUAUGUUUUCUAUGUAAUAAUCCCCAUUAUUAAAACAUAAAUGAAUUGCUAUUUCAUACGUAUCUUUAAAAUACUUGCGUUUGAACGCUCCAUCUUGACUUUGAGUGUUUCAAGAGAUGGACUACAAAAACAUAUUUCUAAUUUUACUUGACCAGUUGUAUAUAUUGUAUAUGGUACAAAUUUAAAGUUGUUGUUGAGAGUUUAAAUAGCAUUUUAUUCAUUGUUGGAAUAAAGUUUAUUGAAAUAUUA